AUGCAGCCCGAGACGCCAUCCUUCCAGCUGCCCGACUCCGAGGGUUGCUCCAAGCCCGGCGCCGACGAGGAGCCGUGCCUCGGCAGCAUCGCCUGGUGCGACAAACACGGCCAGCAGCGGGUCCUGGGCGACAAGAAUACCUGUCUCUUGACCCGCGGACUGGACGUUAAAGCGUUUGAGGAGGCGAUUCGAGAGGGCUUGAUUGCGCCGGUCAAGGAAAGCAUUCUCACGUGGGCGCAGAAUGUCACGAAAAAUGCGGCCUUCCGCGAGGUUCUGCUGAGAUCGACGGCGGAGGCGGCGCAGAAAAGCAUAACGACCGACUUGUCUGGAUACAUGACCAAGGUCCAGGCUUCUCUAGAGAGGCAGGCGCUCGAGGGUCUGCGCAAGGGACUCGAAAAGUAUGCCGGACAGAAGCUCUCUAGGCAGGGGGGCACGGAUAGACCCGAGCAAUACUUCUGA